UUCAUAGUGCUGCGUACUAAAAACAUCGGACGCUAGGGGAUCAAGACGCAUGCCACAUUGCCUCUAUGUGGGCACUUUAACAGAUCUUUCGGGGUUUUUUUUCCCAGUAAGGGGGCUGUGGAGGGAGGACUUUUUUUAAUUUCAUUGUCCGAAGACUAUUUGCACGGCUGAUUGUUGAGUUGAUUGUUUAUUCUUUUGGCUUUUGUUGCUCGCGCGUUUUUUCCUCUUUUUUUUUUUAAUCGGCGACCUAACGCGCGCUCACCCAUGUCCUAUCCUCAGGGUUACCUCUACCAGCCCCCGGGCUCUCUGGCUCUUUAUUCGUGUCCGGCAUACGGGGCCUCGGCUCUGGCUGCCCCACGAAAUGAAGACUUGGCGAGGUCGUCCUCUGGCUCAGCCUUCAGUCCUUACCCUGGAUCGGCUGCUUUCUCCGCCUCGACCGGUGCAGGCUUCUCCAGCCCGCUGUCAUACUCCACGGAUCCAACUACGGGAUUCCCAUCCUACAUGAGCUCUCCAUAUGACGCGCACACAUCGGGCAUGGCCGGGGCUUUGAGUUACCACCCAUACGGGAGUCCAGGGUACCCCUACCAACUCAAUGACCCGGCUUACCGCAAAAACGCCACCAGGGACGCAACGGCCACCCUGAAGGCCUGGCUGCAGGAGCACCGGAAGAACCCGUACCCGACUAAAGGGGAGAAGAUCAUGCUGGCCAUCAUCACCAAAAUGACCCUGACGCAGGUCUCCACAUGGUUCGCCAACGCCAGGCGGAGGCUCAAGAAGGAGAACAAGAUGACAUGGGCGCCCAGAAAUAAGAGCGAAGACGAGGACGAGGAGGACGGGGACGGAGAGAGGAAAGAAAUGAAUCGCUCUGAAAAAACGCUGGAUAACAGCGAGGCUUCAGCGGAGGAUGAAGGUAUCAGCUUGCACGUGGACACCCUGACAGACCACUCGUGCUCGGCAGAGUCUGACGGGGAGAAGGUCAGCUGUCGUGUGGGGGAGCUUGGUUCUGACCGGUCUGGAGACAAAUGCGAGGAGGACGGCGAGGAGCAGAACCACGACACGCAGGCUCAGCUUUCACCCAUAUCCGUCACAUCUUCGCCUCUAACGGGAGUAGAAGCACCACUCCUCAAUCAUCACCACCACCACCACCUCCAUCAUCUGCACCAACUCCACAGUCAGCGCGAGGAUUUGGCCCGGAGCCUCGUCAAUAUCAACACUAUCAAUACCAAUAAAUCGUCUCCAUGCCUUGAUAGCAGACCUUCUUUGGGGGCACCUCAGAACCCCACAGUCAAGCCUAAAUUAUGGUCGCUGGCGGAAAUUGCUACCUCGGACCAAAAGCAGCAACAUCAGCAACUGGGGCAGCCCGGGCAACCGAAUUGCCCCUCCUCCAGCGGUGGCCUCCUUACCCCUCCUACGUCUUCCACCACCUCCCCGGCUGCCAGUUCCCCCUCCCUCUACCCAGCCCCCUCCAUUCUUGGAAGACCUAUUUAUUACACGUCUCCCUUUUAUAGCAAUUACACAAACUAUGGCAACUUCAGCCCCCUGCAGGGCCAAGGGAUCCUGCGGUAUACUAAUUCAUCCGGAGUGAGUCUGGCUGCUGCUGCCGCCGCCGCCGCUGCCGCUGCUGCAAACGAGGGUCUGAACUCCUCUCACCAGGCUGUGGAGGCCAGCACUAACCCCAAACACAGGCCAGACUCCCCCCUCGUUAAAAAUAACCCAAACCACAUUGUUGUUGUCGAGCAACAACAGCUUUUCAGACCCGCACAUUUAGAAGCAAAGAAAGGUACGUAAUUACACGUUUCACCACGCUGUUAAAACAAACAAUAACCGUUUUAAAGACUCAUUUAAUCUGGUGUUAAAUCUUGAGGUUGUAUUUUUCUUAAACGUGGGAGGGAAACCGCUCCACGCCCGAGGUAAAUGGAGUUCACUUGUUUGCAAUGCAAAUCAACUGGUUUUGUUUUGUGACACUUCCAUCUGUCAUACCAUGGGUUGACUGUUUCAACAAAAUUAUAUAUUUUUUUCAAGCAUGAGACAAACAUUGCAUUAUCCGACACUAUUGGCAGAUUAAGAUUAAUAGGCUACGGUGUUAGGACCUAAUAUGAGACGACAUUACUUUUAAUAUGGAUAUUUUACAACGCUGUCUAACCAUACCGACGUGUAUUGUCGGGAAUAAUCAGUUAAUAAUUAUUCAACUUCUUUUUUUAACGCAUUGCAAGACAGUGGGGAUGUGAUUAAAAAUGCGCAGAAGUACACCUACAAAUAGAGACGUUAAACAUCACCCUUUAAGGACAGGCCUCAAAUCAGCCUAACCUCGCAAACACACGCGCGUGCACACACACUACACAGUGGCAGCCUGUGAAUCCAAUAAGCGGAGAAAUGUUGCCAUAGCUUUGAACAGGAAUCCUAUUUUGUAUUGUUCCUCUGUGUGUGCGCGCGCGCACACGCACAGUGCGCCCCAACCUUAUCUUCCAGCUUAGGAUAAUUAUAAUUACACAGGGUCAGCCAAAAGCAAACAAAUCAGUUAGUUUGCUCUGCGCAUUCAUCGUGUAACUUUACAUCUUCAAAUGUCACUUAGGUUAUUGUGGCGGUUACUUUCCUUGCGCACAUUCAAAGAUCUGCCUACACGCCGCUGGAUAAACGUUUUCCCCGGCAAUUAGGCAGUGGGGAUUUUAAUAAGCACUUGCAGUACAGAGCUGUUAUGGGUACAGGGAUACCUUUGAGUUUCCUGAGGUUGUGGAGGGAGUUGAUUCUUUUAUUGUGGGAUUUUUUUUAUUUCCAUUGUCUGCAGGUAGGUGUCACAAUUGCUUUGACUAUAAAGCGAGUAAGGACACCACCCUUUGGCCCAAUGUUUUAACCCCCAUAACCUUUACUCUAAACCGGAUCUAGUGCCACCAUAUAGUCAGAAUGAAAGCUGCUACCGCCUCCUCAGCUGCACACAGAGUCAGACUCUUUCUACAGCACAUGUUUGUCAGAUUACUAUUGUAUUAUUUCAGUUAUUUGUUUUAAAUACAUUUGUGGGUAAUGAUUUCACAUUGUUUGCAAAAUAACUCCCAUUAUAUGUGAUUUACAUGUUAUUUCUCAGGUUCCUAUAGUUUGCUUAUUUGCCACAGUAUAUUGUUUUAGUAUAUAUUCACGUGUGGAAAACAUAAUUUGGCCUUUCUGUGAAACCGUAUUUGUAAAAGGAGGACGCAAAGCGGACGGGACUGAAGUGAACUUGAAGACUUCAAAGUGGAAUAGCCUACAUUUGAUAUUUAUUUUUUUAAAUGAUGGCGAAAUGAUGCCUAUAAUUUAUGCAAGUUGUAUUGCAAAAAUGGGAAACUGACAUUGUCUGUUUGUUUUGUAAAUAUAUAUAUUAUGGACGGUUUUUAUUUGAGAUGCAUUUGGGAAAAAGCUACACAAUCUUGUUAUCAGGAGUACUUUUACUAAUUUAUAUCUUUGAAUGUAAAUAAAAUAAAACGCUGGUAAAGAUGUACUGGCGGAGUAUGAUAUUCAUUAUUCAAAGGAGAAAAUAUUAAACUGUUUUCCCAACUAUA